AUGUCAAGAACCAUGGAAGUGGAAAAUUUCAGUAGCGUGAUCAAUAAUAAAGAGGAAGAAGAUGAUGUUCCGCUUCCGGGGUUCCGGUUUCAUCCAACCGAUGAAGAACUUGUGGGGUUUUAUCUUAAAAGGAAGGUCGAAAAGAGACCGAUCAAUAUUGAGCUUAUAAAACAGGCUGAUAUCUACAAGUACGAUCCAUGGGAUCUUCCAAAAGGCAGUAAUGUAGGAGAAAAGGAGUGGUACUUUUUUUGCAAAAGAGGAAGAAAAUACAGAAACAGCAUAAGACCUAACAGAGUGACAGAUUCUGGAUUCUGGAAAGCCACUGGUAUUGAUAGACCAGUUUAUUCUUCGAGGGGAGAAUGCAUUGGACUAAAGAAAUCUCUUGUCUACUAUCGUGGAAGUGCCGGGAAAGGCACCAAGACUGAUUGGAUGAUGCACGAGUUUCGCCUUCCACCCAGUGAUGAUAAGAGCUACAAACAUAUCGAACCCAAAAGCCUUGCUGAUCAAGAAGCUGAAGUUUGGACUCUAUGUCGAAUUUUAAAGCGGAAUAUUUCCUAUAAGAAGUGCAGACCAGACUGGAGAGAAGUCGGUGCCAAGAGGAAUAUCAGUAUUAAUCCAGUUGAUGCAAUCUCCAAAACAUGCAGCUUGGAGUCUGAUCAUAAUAACCAAAGUUAUAUUCGUUUCGACGCUCCAAUAAUUCGACAAAAUGAGAAGAAACCCGGUCCUUAUUUCGGUGAUAAUAUUGGAAACCAACAAUAUUUAGGCCAUUUCAGCUCAGCUUCUCAGGUGCCACCUGCUGCAUCAUCCUUCUCCAGCUCUGUGUGUCCAGACUUUUCCGACCUUUUAAAGCAUGAAGAUUGGGAGGACCUUAGAUCGAUUGUGGAUUGUACUGCUAAUCCUUUCUAUUUGUAG